AUGGAUGGAGGGAUGGAUGAUGAUUCAUCGUCUGAGAGCGGCAGCGGCAGCGGCCUGCCCGCGCUGACCCCUCCCUCCUCUGCCGUGUCAGAUGGCGCCAUCGUCAGGGAAACCAAGAUUGUCAACGGCAACAAUGGCGUCGUCCCCCUUGACUUCAGCACGCCGACCUCAUCGUCUUCGUCGUCCGAGGACCAGCAGCCUGUCAACCUGAGUGACCCGCCCCCCCAGCGCCUGCCCCUGUCCACGUCUCACCUGCCCGUCACGGUGUCGGCAGCGGCGGCGGCCCUGCUCGGCGCUCUGCAUCCCAACGCACCCGAGGAGCUCCGCAGGAAGUUCCCACUGGCUGCAAAACCUCCUCUGGCUCCACAUCCGGCCCUGCCGCUGCCACACACUCCUCACACACACAACACACACUCUCAGGCCCACGCACACACCGCCGAGCUGCGACUGGACCGAGACAACAGAGACUACGAGGGAAAGACUCGUCCGACUCCACCUCACCUCACCUCGGCCAUGGCUGAGAACAUCCUGGCGGCCGCCUGCGAGAACGAAUCACGCAACGCUGCAAAGAGGAUGCGUCUGGAAACUUAUCACGAUGAGCAGAUCUCUCUGGAGAAGCCGUCCGGUGGCAGCGGAGGUCUGAGGGAGCCGGCGUCCCUCGCUCACUUCUCCCUGGCCGCCUCCGCCUUCUCCUCACAGGACGCUCAGCUCUACAUCAACGGGGCUGGCUUGAGCUAUGGUUACCGUGGAUACCCAGGACUGGGCGCUGCCAUGCAACAUCCCGUUUCCCUGACGACCAGCGGCGCUGCUCAGGGCAACGGCCCCACAGACCUCAGCAUGAAGUCCCUCUCCUCCGCCAACAUCACUAGCUCCUCCUCCUCCGCUGCCAACAGCCUGGCUGGGCGGGGCAGCGGGGGUGCUGGAGGGGGCGGGGCCUCCACCCAGCUCAGCCAACCGGAGAUCACAGCCGUGCGUCAGCUAAUCGCCGGCUACCGGGAGUCGGCCGCCUUCCUGCUGCGUUCGGCAGACGAGCUGGAGAACCUCAUCCUGCAGCAGAACUGAUUUAUGGGAAGCACACACACACACACACACACACACACACACACACACACACACACACACACACGUUUGUUUUGUGUCUGCGUCGCUCCUCUUUGAAGCCGGACCCCAGACUUUGUCGAGUUUCCGCUCGU